CAAUGCCAGAGCGUGCGGUGAAAAGUGCAGCGUAGGCAUGCGCGCCUCGCACAAGAUUUCACCGCGCCAAGAACUCCGCGAGUGGCAGCGCACGGUGGGCAGCGGUAGGCCGUCGCUGGCGGACGUCGCGGCUCCGCAGACCCGUUCCAGCCGCGCGCGAUCGAAUCCAACAACAACCAACAACAACAACUCGACGACGACGCGCGGAGUUCUUAUCACUCACCUCGCGACUACCUCGCGCGCGGGACUCGUCGCACAUUUCGGUGCCGCGCCGCGCCGCCAAAUGCAAACAGAUACAUAUUCAUGCGCCCGACGCGAAGGCGACAGCGUCACCGAGAUCCUCGCACGAUAGCGCCUUCAAGUCGACUUUACCCGCGAGCGCGCGCGCCACCCAAGACGUCCAACCCGCACCUGUCGAACGCGCAUUCAUGUUGACACCGUCGUCGACAUGCUGCUGACACACGAGCUCAUCUUUUUCACGGUGCUAUGCCUGAUUGGCACCCAUGGUAAACCAUCGCUCUCCUUCAAUCUGCAUCCGUUCCAGGUGUUUAACGGUUUUGGUGCGAUGCGCGAGGACCGCGACGCCGUCAAGAAGUACUCAGGGAUACGCGUCUCCAAUGAUUCCCUGCGGCAGGUCUACUUCAAUGAGCAAACCGUCGCCAUCGUCGAACUCGCCGAGCAUAAACGUCUUCUCAACUGUGAAUUCAUCGAAGUCUACUAAAAUGAAGACGCGGUGACACUGCUCUACGAGCUGCAGAAAAUUGCGAAGCCCGUCCAUAUAGGAUUCCCCGACAUGGUCAAACUGAUGUCGCAAUGCACCGAGGUGGAGAACAACAACCGGAAGCCGGCGCGAUCGCAAAGCGUGCGCAGUUCCGGAUUAGGCAAAGGAUUGUUCACGAUCAAUCCGCUGACCCUGCUCAGUGGCAUCAUUCCAGGAACAAAAUGGUGCGGAACUGGUGACAUUGCCGACCAUUACCAUGAUCUGGGCCAGGACGAUGCAGAUCGCUGCUGUCGCGCGCAUGAUUUAUGCCCGGUGAAGGUCCGCGGCUAUGCGAAGCGGUACAACAUCACCAACAUGUCCUACUACACUAAGAGCCACUGCCAAUGCGAUGAGCGUCUCUUCGAGUGCCUUAAGACCACCACCGGUCCCACCUCGCACAUCCUCGGCAAUGUUUACUUCAACCUGCUGCAGGUGCCGUGCGUCGAGGACCUGCCCGACGGUAGUAAGGAAUUCCGCGAUGCCAAAAACAAUUUCUGAGAUGGUUUCCGAAGCUCGCAACUCAAAAUCUCCAGCCAAGCCGUAGAUUAUUAAAUAAAUAAUAUAUAUAUAUAUAUAGAAAAAAAUGAAUCGCCGAAUCAUGUGACGGCACAAAGUUUGUUGUUUGUUGUAAAAUUGUUUAUAUUCGCAUUACUUGCCGACGCAAUGCGCAGUCAGUUUGUUAACGUUUGAUAUCUCACCCCAAUGUAAGUUGUGUAAAACGAUAAAAAAUGGAAAUGAACGAAA